GAGUUUCAUCGGGGUUGGAGCUGGGUCACGAGCGUUUUGUUAAAUAUUUUUAGUAUGACAUGAAAAAAAGAAGAAAGUGUUGUACUUAUAGACACAUAUACUAUAUAAUAAAUGAUUGAUAUUUGGGGGCGAGUCAUGUGAGAAGUGAGGGAGAGAUGCAGUAGUAGUAGUGGGUGGUAACAGAGAAGAAAAUAGGGGGUUUGGUUUGGUGAGUUACCCAAGAGAAAGGAUGAAGAGGGAACGCGAGCAGCUUGGUUCCAUCGCAGGGACCUCAAGCUGCGGUUAUUCAAGCGGAAAAUCGAAUCUUUGGGAGGAAGAAGGAGGCAUGGACGAGCUUCUUGCGGUGGUGGGUUACAAGGUUAGGUCAUCGGACAUGGCGGAAGUGGCGCAGAAGCUUGAGCGUCUCGAAGAAGCCAUGGGAAAUGUCCAAGAUGACCUCCCGGAGAUUUCAAACGACGUCGUUCAUUACAACCCUUCCGACAUCUCCAACUGGCUCGAAACCAUGCUUUCUAAUUUUGACCCUCUCCCCUCAGAAGAGCCGGAAAAGGACUCCGCCUCGUCGGACUACGAUCUUAAGGCUAUUCCGGGGAAAGCAAUUUAUGGAGCUAGCGACGCGCUACCAAACCCUAAGCGCGUGAAAGCCGACGAGUCAAGGCGCGCGGUGGUGGUCGUUGACUCGCAGGAGAACGGGAUCCGCCUCGUGCACAGCCUCAUGGCGUGCGCGGAGGCCGUGGAGAACAACAACCUCGCCGUGGCGGAGGCGCUGGUGAAGCAGAUCGGCUUCCUCGCUGUGUCGCAGGUUGGAGCUAUGAGGAAGGUCGCAAUCUACUUCGCCGAAGCGCUCGCGAGGCGAAUCUACAGAGUCUUCCCUCUGCAACACUCUCUCUCCGAUUCUCUUCAGAUUCACUUCUACGAAACCUGUCCAUACCUCAAGUUCGCACACUUCACCGCGAACCAGGUUAUCCUCGAAGCGUUCCAAGGAAAGAACCGCGUUCACGUGAUUGAUUUCGGUAUCAACCAGGGGAUGCAGUGGCCGGCGCUGAUGCAAGCCCUAGCGGUUCGCACCGGCGGUCCUCCGGUUUUCCGACUCACCGGAAUCGGGCCGCCGGCGGCGGACAACUCCGACCACCUCCAGGAGGUAGGGUGGAAGCUCGCGCAGCUGGCGGAGGAGAUCAACGUGCAGUUCGAGUACCGUGGCUUCGUCGCGAACAGCCUCGCCGAUCUCGACGCCUCCAUGCUCGAUCUCCGGGAAGGCGAAGCCGUCGCUGUGAACUCUGUCUUCGAGUUUCACAAGCUCCUCGCCCGCCCCGGCGCGGUGGAGAAAGUACUCUCCGUCGUACGGCAGAUUCGGCCGGAGAUUGUCACCGUCGUCGAGCAAGAAGCGAACCACAACAGACUGAGUUUUGUCGACCGGUUCACGGAGUCACUGCACUAUUAUUCAACCCUAUUCGACUCGCUGGAGGGUUCGCCUGUGAACCCUAACGAUAAGGCCAUGUCGGAGGUUUACUUAGGGAAGCAAAUCUGCAACGUGGUGGCGUGCGAGGGAAUGGACCGCGUGGAAAGGCACGAGACGCUGAACCAGUGGCGGAACCGGUUCGUUUCGACCGGAUUUUCUUCGGUUCACUUGGGUUCGAACGCGUACAAGCAGGCCAGCAUGUUGCUCGCGCUUUUUGCGGGUGGGGAUGGGUAUAGGGUGGAAGAGAACAAUGGUUGUCUCAUGUUGGGAUGGCACACUAGGCCCUUGAUUGCCACCUCCGCGUGGCAACUCGCUGCAACUUGCUGAGUCGACUCGCCGUUUCCUCAACCAGCUUUUUUUUUUGUUUUAAUUUUAUUAUAAUUUCUAUUCAUGCCCACCGAAAAAAAAAAGGGAACUUGUGGGGAUGAGAGGGCAGUGUGUAAAUGUGCUAUGCUGAGCUGUGAGCACUGAUUGCAUUAGACUGAGACCCACCAUUGUCUAUUUUCCUGUCCCAACUUAUGUCUCUCUCUCUCCAACCCUUAAUUUACCUAUUUUGCGUUUGCCUUAGGAUUUUCAGAUUUUGAUUUUCUCCUCUUUUUUUGUAAACCUUGAAUUUUACUUUGCUUUCUUUUGGGUUGGGAUGGGUGGAAUCUCUUGUAAUUUUUCAGGGUUGGAAAAUCAAAAGGCUUAAUGUGUAUUUAUUUUAUUAUGGUUUAAUUAAUAUAUUAGUAGUAUUAUGUAGCUUA